AUGUCCUUUUCAGAACCUUUCAAUCCCCCAUCCGCUGAUGCACCGGGAAAACCCUCGGUGCCAGACUGGGUCCCUCCUCCGGUCACGAAAGAGACGCAUAACUUUGCGACUCUGCAGUCCAUUGACCUGUCGCAACUAGAUUCGCCAGAUCCAAAAGCUCAAGCUGCCCUCGUCGAACAGGUCAAGCGGGCCAUUCGUGAGGAUGGGUUCUUGUUUUUGGAGAACUACGGUGUCACUAUCGAGCAACUGCAUCGACAGUUCUCACUUGCCAACCACCUGCACAAGAAUAUCUCCGCCGAGGACAAAGAAAAGCUGCUCUUUCACCCCGAUACCGGACGAUGGGCUGGAUACAAACACCCUUAUGGCUUCAAGCGUCACAAGGGACCAGAGGACGGUAUAUCACAGUUUAAUUGGUAUGCAAAAGAAUGGGAAGACUACGGCCUGAUCCCUAAAUGUAUCCUCCCUUUUAUGGACGAGAUCCGAGCAUUUGCUGAGUACUUGCACAACUCGGUGAAUCGACGCCUCCUGACUCUGUUCUCCCGGGUCCUUGAGCUUCCCGACAAUUACUUGUGGGAUAAUGUACAGUCGCACGGCUCACCAACGGGUGAAGGAUACUUUCGUCACGCUUUGUUCCAACCAGUGAAGAAGGACAUCGAGGACGCUGCCGUUGGCAUUAAGAUGCACGGUCAUACCGAUUUUGGUCUUACCACUCUUCUGUUCUCCGUUCCCAUCUCCUGCCUACAGAUCUGGACUCAAGCAGAGGAGUGGGUUUAUGUCCCAUACCACCCGGGAGCGCUUGUUAUCAACAUUGGAGAGACUCUAGAAAUCGUCUCUGGUGGACACUUCAAAGCCACUAGGCACAGAGUCUACAAACCACCCGCAGAUCAAGCGCAUGAAGAGCGAUUGUCUAUUGUCAUGUUUGAGAGCUCUGUGGGCGGUAUCCGCAUGACGCCAGCUGAAGCCUCCCCUCUGAUCCAACGGGAAGGUUGUGUGGAAGAGCAAGGUGUUUACAAAGAGUUCAAGCGAGUGAUGGAUCUGGGAGUGCCACCACCUACCAACCAACAAUGGCGAGAAAUUCAGAUAGCUCAAGCAACUGACCCAUCAGAUACAAAGCACAAUCGUGUCGGUGUACACCAGGUUCUGGUGAACGGUAAGCUGAUGCAGACUCGGGAAUACUACGGUGUCAAAGUGUUUUUGCCUGUGUAG